CUUUCUGACCACUUGCACCUGUAUAUAUUUAUUUCAAAAUAUCACACCAUUUAGCAUCCGAGAAGUUAUGGAUCAUGGCACGGUUUGUGUAACCGGUGCAUCAGGUUUCCUGGCUUCUUGGCUCAUCAAACGACUUCUGUUAUCUGGUUAUCAUGUCGUUGGCACCGUUAGAGACCCUGGAAAUGAAGCAAAACUAGCUCACUUAUGGAACUUGCAAGGGGCAAAAGAGAGACUCCGCCUCGUGAAAGCGGAACUAACAGAAGAAGGAAGCUUUGACAAUGCCAUCAUGGGGUGUGCGGGUGUCUUCCACAUGGCUUCCCCAGUUCUCGGACAGAUUACCAAUCCAAGGGUAUGUUUCUACUUCAUUAAGCCUCAUCAUGAUGCCAUCUUUUUCUUAAACGCGCGUGUUUUGCAGGAAGAGAUCAUAAAUCCUGCUGUGAACGGAACACUGAACGUGUUACGUUCAUGUAAAAAGAAUCCGUCUCUAAGACGAGUGGUUCUCACUUCAUCAUCUUCCGCGGUCAGGGUCAAAGACAAGGUUGACCCUCGGAUACCUUUGGAUGAGUCAUCUUGGAGCUCUGUUGAACUAUGUGAAAAACUCAAGAAAUGGUACGCAUUGUCAAAAACCAUGGCAGAAAAGGCAGCAUGGGAGUUUUGCAAUGAAAAUGGGAUAAAUUUGGUGACAGUGAUGCCAUCAUUUGUGGUGGGACCAAGCCUAUCUCCUACUUUAGGCUCUACAGCUUCAGAUAUCUUGGGCUUGCUUCAAGGGGAAACAGAGAAGUUUUAUUUAUAUGGAAGGAUGGGAUAUGUUCAUAUAGACGAUGUUGCUCUCGGCCAUAUUCUAGUUUACGAACACGAGAACGCUGAAGGACGAUAUGUGUGCAACUCAAUUGUCCUUAAUAACGAUGAACUCGUUUCGAUUAUUUCUGCGCGUUAUCCCACACUAGCGAUUCCAAAGAGGUUUGAGCAGCACGAUCGUUCGUAUUACGAUUUUAACUCGACAAAGAUAAAGGGCUUAGGGUUGAAAUUCAAGUCAAUUGAAGAUAUUUUUGAUGAUUGUGUGACAUCUCUUGUGACACAAGGCCAUCUUUCUAUACCCUAGUUAAGUUAAAACCUCUCUAGUUUGUUUCAUGAAAAUGGUACCAAGUCUUUUAAUAAAAGACCAAGAUGGGAAACUUUAUAAUUACAAAAUGUAGCACCACCUAUUAUGUAUUCGCAUAUGCGUUUGUUAUAUUUAUCACUUUAAAUUUGUCUUGAUUA